AUGUUAUCACUGGCAAAAGGUUGCUGGAACUAUGGAAUCAUAGAAAAUGAAUUGAAUCGCGUUUUUGGCUUCUACCACGAGCAGAAUCGACCCGACAGAGAUGUAUACAUAAAAGUAUUUUGGGAAAAUAUAGAACCAAAUAAGAGAUGGAAUUUCCUUAAGUUACCGCCAAAUCAAAUUAGAAUAUUAAAUGAAUUUGAUUAUAAUUCCGUUAUGCUAUAUGGAGAAAGAUACUUCUCAAUGGACGGGCGCAGCAAAAUUAUGGAAACAUUAAAACAGGGUGUGAGCCUCAUUGAUGUCAGCAGUAAACCAGGGUUGAGCAAGUGA